GCAUGAUCGAGGGCCAUGACACAGACAGACAACUUACCCUUGCGCAAAAUUAGCAGCUGAAGUGGGCGUAAGAAAGAGACUUUCUACUCAUUCUUGUCAGCUGGCGUCUGGUGCCAGCUCCUUCAAUCGCUUAAUUACGUGUUGCUCGCUACAAAAUUUGCAAUUGGAGGACUGAGCAGCGAAGGUGGUGCAUCACUGAGCUUCCAGACCGUUGCUCACCCUGUGCCGGUAUCGCAUUGUCACAAAGAUGACCUUGUCUCUUCAAUUGCCAGAUUGGAGCAGCACCACCUGGCUCACAGCCUUCAUUGGUGUCAUAUCCGCCCUGCGGCUUACGUACUGGCAGUUUUUUGUGAAAGAUAAUGUGAUAGCUGUGGAGAAGGCAAAGCAGGGCGUUCCCAGUGCGGCAGACAAUGGCGGUGUCCCUGCUGGACCAAGGGGGUGGCCCUUGGUUGGGAAUCUGCUGACUCUGGGCCAUGAGCCGCACCGGGCGCUGGCGGACCUUGCGCAAAUCUAUGGGGACGUCCUUCAAGUGCAACUGGGGGCCUUUCCAACGCUGGUGGUGUCAAGCAUGAGCCUUGCUAAAGAAGUCCUUGUGAAGCAGGCUGCUCACUUUGGAGCUGCGGGAGAGCCCAUUCGCAUCGUGGAGCUUGGCCUUGGUUGGAACAGGCCCCAGCUGGCUGCUAAGCGCGGGGCAGCCAGAGCUUUAGUGCUCAGCCAGGCUCUCAGCGGGGCUUUCAAGAGCGCACAAACAGCAGGACUUGUCAGUAAAGCAAUCCACGAGGUCUCCGAAGAGCUUGUGACCACAGUCAAGGAAGAGCUGGGGGAUGCGGCAACAAACAAUAAGUCCGGAAAUCCUCAGAUUACAGGACUGAGGAGCCUGCUGAGGCGCGCAGCACUCAAUGUUUUGUUGAAAGUGGCAUUUGGGGUGCGAAUAGCGGGAGACAGCUGGCAGCAGGAGAGCGGCGGCCAGCCUGGGCAGCCGAGUGGGAGCGUGGCGAUGCUGGAGGUGAUUCUGAGCGAGAUGUGGCAGCUGGUGAACAACCCCGUGCUGGCGGACCAUGUGCCCCUCCUGCGGCUGGCGACCGGCGCGCUGACCACGCGCUGCAGGUUCCUGGCCAGGCAGCGGGACUGCAUACUACGCGACCUGGUGGGGGGGGCCAAGAAAGCACGAGAGCAGGCGAGUAGCGGGGAUGGAAAGUUGGGGAAGAGUUUGAGGAGGGCAGAGUCUUUGCUGGACGCCCUUCUGGCGGGGCAGGAGACGAGCGGGCUGACGGAUGGGGAGGUGGCGGAUGUGCUGGCAGACUUCGUGCAAAGGGGCGUCCUGCCUGUGGCAGCGACGGUGGAGUGGGCCUUGGCCGAGCUGACGAGGAAUCCGGAGAUACAGAAGAGGCUGAACCAAGAGCUGGAGGUUGAGGUCUUUGGCAAAGGAGGCGACGUGCCACGGCAAGCCUUGGCGCGAACGCCGCUGCUUAGUGCGAUCAUCCUGGAGACUCUGCGCUUGCACCCCACCCAGCCUCUCUCCCGCCCGCGUCGAGCCGCGGAGGAUGUGCACAUUGACGGCUACCGGGUGACAAAAAGACAGAACGUCGUCAUCAACACGUGGGCCCUCGGCCGAGAUGCACGGUUGUUCCGGUCUGCCUCCGACUUCGUCCCGGAACGCUUUUCCCAAGGCGCCUUGUCGACUCUUUUAGACGCGAAAGACUUGUACUGGAGCUCCUUGCGGGUCGACGAAACGGACGUGUUGAUAGACAUAGCAGCCUACUUUCUUGGGGUCCUUGUCCGAGGUUUCGAAUGGCUGCCUGGAUUGAUGCACGAAUCGCGGCUGUCAUUGCAAGAAAGUUCAGGGGUCGAGGUCUCCGAGUUGGUGUCAGCCGUUGCUCCCUGCGCAAAAAUUCGGUAGCACUCAUUAUGCUUCCUACAGAAACUUGUACUACGGGUUGGGUUGCCUGUACAAGCGCAAAGGUCACAUUCCUAUUUGCGAAUUGAUUUACGCAUUAUGCUAAAAUACAUAUGGUGCAACUAGUUGCCCCUGCCAACAACUGUCGAGUGAUUCACUGUUCGAAAGAACUGUCACCUUCCCGUUCAUUGAUCAACGACUGUGCAGCAG